AUGCGUACUCAAUCUGUGGCUCUUGGCUACUACAUCGUCGCGAUUGCCUUGCUCCUGGCUCUCAGCGCGGUCGCUGGAGCUCAGCUUGCUGGGCCAGUCGAGGACUUUUUCGCGCAACAUGGGGGAUCCGCGUCGGCGUCGGCGCACACAAACAACUGGGCCGUCCUGGUCUGUGCCUCCAGGUACUGGUUCAACUACCGCCACAUGGCGAACGCGCUGGGGAUGUAUCGCACCGUCAAGCGGCUCGGGAUACCGGACUCGAACAUCAUCCUCAUGCUCGCCGACGACGCGGCGUGCAACGCGCGCAACAAGUUUCCCGGGUGCGUGUAUGCGAACCAGGGCCGCCACCUGGACCUGUACGGGGACAACAUCGAGGUGGACUACCGCGGCUACGAGGUGACCGUCGAGAACUUCCUCCGGGUGCUGACGGGACGCAUGGACGCCUCCGUCCCCCGCUCGAAGCGGCUCCUGACCGACGACCGGUCCAACGUGUUCGUGUACAUGACCGGGCACGGCGGCAACGAGUUCCUCAAAUUCCAGGACAACGAGGAGAUCAGCGCGUUCGACAUCGCGGACGCGCUCGAGCAGAUGUGGCAGAAGCGGCGGUACCACGAGAUACUCUUCAUGGUCGACACCUGCCAGGCGAACACCAUGUUUUCCAAGUUCUACUCGCCCAACGUCCUCGCCACCGGGUCGUCCGAGCUGGGCGAGAGCUCGUACUCGCACGAGAACGACUACGACAUCGGUGUGGCGGUCAUCGACAAGUUCACGCACUACAUCUUGCAGUUCAUGGAGGGCAUCAACAAGACGAGCCAGGCCUCGAUGCAGGACCUCUUCAACACCUACGACUACAAGAAGUUCGAGUCGCAUGCCGGCGUGCGCGCUGAUUUGUUUCGUCGGCCGCUUGAUCGGACGCUCGUCACCGACUUUUUCGGGGGGGUCGCGCAGGCCGAGAUUCUGCCCUUUCCGCCGGACGAGUCGGGUCCAGAACGUUCUCCGGAACCCAAGGGGGCCCUGGGCCAUGACGAGCAUGCCGUGGGCGUAGUGUCUCCAGCUAGGAGCUCUAACUUCAAUGACACGGUUCUUUCUGGAGACGCUCGUGCGCUUCAACAGCGCCAAUUCGACACCCUGAUCGCUGCUGCUGCUGUCGGACACCCGGACGCAUGGGCGGAUGCCACGAGGAAAUUGCGCGCGUGGGCGUCGACGUUUCUCGUCUUGGUGCUGGUAGGAUGGGUCGGCAUGCGGGGCAAAUAA